AUGAGCUCUUCAAGGCUCUCGGACCUGUCAUGGGCGGAACUGCGGGAACAGGCCCGCCGCAUCGGACGUCGUUGGAUCCCCGAGGAGUUACCGAUCGCACAAGAGGAAGUGAUGCCCAAGGAGACUGACGGAGAACUACCUAUGCAGCUCUCGAACUUGUCAUGGGCAGAGCUGCGUGAACGGGCUCGGCGCAUCGGCCGUCGCUGGAGCUCCGAGGAGCUGCCGACCGGUAAUGCUUCCACAGGAGAAGAGCAACCGCCGGUUGUGCAGGUUGACUCACACGGUGACAUUGAGAGGCGGGCAGAGCAACCAGACGUGGAGGAGGUUUUGACAAUCGAGCCGCCAGCCACGAAAGAGCUUCCAAACGUCACCAACAAACAGCAGCAGCUUCCGACAACAUUAGUCACCAUGACUGCGACUUCAUCAUCAACAUCACUUGCAGCGAUUGAACAACCAUCCAAGGCUACCGAGGCUACUGUCGCUAUCGUGAGUGAAGAAGAAGGUGAGAGGACCAACGCCUCUAAGGAAGAACAAUUCUCUGAUCCUUACUUUCUGGAGUUUGAAAAGGAGGAUGGAGAAUCAUUUGGACAUGGUUGCGGCACAAGCCUUGUGGGUAAGGGAAAAGCCAUGGGAGCCAAAGUUGCUGACAUGAGAUUCGUUCAAGUAGUGGAGCCCGAUUGGAAGAAAAGGAAGCGCAAGACACGAAGCAAUUGGCACACUGAUAGCGCAAGAGAGGCGGAGACGUGGGUCGAGUCGCUCAACCUUGAGGGCAAGGUUGGUCUCAAGGGGAAGGGGAUGUUAGAAACACGUUUUCUAACAGAAACGGGUUUCUAUAUCAUCAUUAUCAUUAUCAUUAUUAUUAGGUUUUAUUAA